GUUGUUGAACGCAGCGCUAAGAAAAAAGCAAAGCACAGUGACGUCUGUUUGCAAAAAAGUAAUGCACAAUCGAAUUAAAUCACGAAUGUGGUGGAUUUGAGUUAGUGUAUUUCGUGUAAUCACGUACAGUUAAAUUUGUCAGUGGUUAAUGUUUCAUCAGUUUCAUGUGCACUGAUUGAUUUUACUUCACAAGCUAAAUUUCUUCAUUAGAGUCCGUCGUCAUCUAUCGAUGUAACAUAAAUAUACAGUGCUCCAAAAAACUACAGUGUUUGACUGGGGAGUCAAGAAAUCAAUUAAUAAUGCUACAAAAGCAUUGGCCUUCUCAUAUGAUUUUAAGGAAGUAAUGUCUGGCGGUCACAAGCAUCGGUACAAGAACGCCGGGCUCAGCGCGGACGAGCUGCGGCGGCGGCGCGAGGAGGAGGGCGUGCAGCUCAGGAAACAGAAGCGGGAGCAGCAGCUGUUCAAGCGGCGGAAUGUUACUCUGCCGGCGGCGAACGCUCCUGAUAUCGCCUUUCAGGAUGAUAUCAACAUCUCCCCUUCUGACGACAUAUCACCGGCGAUGGUGGCUGCUCUCUACAGCGAUAACCCGCAAGAGCAAGUGAUGGCCACACAGAAGUUCCGCAAGCUACUGAGUCGCGAGCCCAACCCGCCCAUAGACGAGGUCAUACGGACCGGCAUCGUGCCCAAAUUCGUCGAGUUCCUCUCUUGCAGUACUAACCCCACUUUGCAGUUUGAAGCGGCAUGGGCGCUGACGAACAUCGCGUCCGGCUCCGCGGAGCAGACGCGCAUCGUGGUCGAGAGCGGCGCCGUGGGCGUGCUAGUGGGGCUCGUGGGGUCCGGAGCCAGUGACGACGUGCGCGAGCAGGCCGUGUGGGCGCUCGGCAACGUGGCCGGCGACUCGCCGCGCUGCCGCGACACCGUGCUGGCGGCCGGCGUGCUGCCGCCGCUCGUCGAAAUUUUGAACAAAUAUACGAGACUAUCAAUGACAAGGAAUGCUGUAUGGACACUGUCGAACCUCUGUAGAGGCAAGAAUCCUCCAACCAACUUCGAAGCUGUUGCACCAGGUAUUCCAGUGUUAGCGCGGUUGCUUCACCACACAGACGCGGAUGUCUUAAGCGACGCCUGUUGGGCGCUCUCGUACCUCUCGGACGGACCCAACGAGAAGAUACAGGCCGUCAUAGACGAGGGCGUGUGUCGGCGACUCGUGGAGUUACUACAGCACAACAAAUCGACCGUAGUAUCUGCAGCACUACGAGCGGUUGGCAACAUAGUGACCGGCGACGAUUCCCAAACACAAACGGUUCUCAACUGCAACCCUCUCGGCUCUCUACACGCGCUCCUGCGGUCUGGCGCCGAGGCGCUCCGCAAGGAGGCCUGCUGGACCCUGUCUAACAUCACUGCGGGCAAUGCGGCACAAAUACAGGCUGUUAUAGACGCAAACAUCUUCCCAACACUAAUAGAAAUCUUAAGACAAGCCGAAUUCAAGACUAGGAAAGAAGCGGCGUGGGCGAUAACGAACGCUACCAGCGGCGGCACUCACGCACAGAUAAGGUACUUAGUCGAACAAGGCUGCAUACCACCACUAUGUGACUUAUUAACGUUAGCGGACCCGAAGACAGUGCAAGUGGCGUUGAACGGCAUCGAUAAUAUACUGAAGGCGGGCCAGCAGGCCGACCACCGGGAUAACCCGUACGCGGUGCUUAUUGAAGAAUGCUUUGGCCUCGACAAAAUCGAAUUCCUACAAUCGCACGAAAACCUCGAGAUCUACAAGAAGUCGUUCGAGAUAAUCGAGAACUACUUCGGUUCGGAAGAGGAGGACGGGCGGCUCGCGCCAGCCGUGUCGUCCACCACAGACUCGUACCAGUUUAGCGUGCCUGCUGACUCGCUACCAACCGGCUUCAACUUCUAACCGGGGCUAACGCUUAUCGUGCAAUGAAUCAAAUAAAACUAGUGAUAACAUAUUGAUGAAGUAAGGAGCGAUACAAGGGAAUAUGUAUGAAGUCCUUAGUGUGGUUUGCUGACCAAAUCAAACACCAGAGUGGAAUUAUAUUUUGCACCAAUGUAGGUACUACAUGUGAUUUUAUUAAUUUAUAUGUAUGAUAGUUGUUAACAAUAAACGCGCUUCUUUAUUAUUUGCUGUGUAGAUAAUUGCAUAUCUAGAUCAUAUAUUUUUUAGAAAAUUGAAUAUAUUUUGUUGACAACCAAUAGUGGCUAAUAUUUGUUAAUAUUAAUUAUACAUACCUGUAUAUUGUUAUGUGGAAAGUAACGUUUAUUGACUAUGUAUGUAUUAUAACGAAAUUGGUAACAUCU